AUCAGCUUGCUCCUCGCAGAACGUGACCAGUACCCCCCACCUACCACCUUCCGUACCUUGUUGCUGUGAGAGAGAAAAGAAGAAGAAGAAGAAGAAGACGAUGGGAAACUGCCAGGCCAUUGAUUCAGCUUCUCUUGUAAUUCAGCAACCGAAUGGGAAAGCAGAAAGGUUGUAUUGGCCUGUGAGUGCCGGUGAGGUUAUGAAGACCAACCCUGGUCACUAUGUUGCUCUUCUCAUCUCCUCCACAUUGUGUCCUUCUCAGGACAGAGAAAAAUGUCAUGAUAAGAAUAACGAUAACCCCAUCAACAACCCUGUUCGUAUUACUCGCAUCAAGCUUCUCAAGCCCACCGAUACACUCCUUCUUGGUCAAGUUUACAGACUCAUAUCUACUCAAGAGGUUAUGAAGGGUCUGUUGGCAAAGAAACAUGCAAAGAUGCAGAAAAGCAUGACAGAUUCUUCGCAGAAGUUAGAUUGGGUGAAGGGAAAAGAAGGUUUGGAGACAGAUAAAGCAGCAAGAAGGUCUGAGACUGAGGACAAGCAGGUAAUAAAAGCUGAGAGACAGAGGCCAAGGACAGCAGCAUCAACUAAUAGUGGGAGUAUCACAGCUAACAAGUCAAGAACGUGGCAACCUUCUUUACUGAGUAUUUCAGAGUCAGCCAGCUGAUCUGUGUUUUUCAAGCCCUAGCCCACAUGAACGUGAGGGACAGAAGAGCAUCUGAGCAGAGCAUUUAUUCCCCUCUCCAUCAUUUGGGAAUUAAAAUAUAGGAAGUACAUCCAUGAGACAUUAAAAGUUUCAGUUCAACUACUGAAGAAUCUCAUCAUGUCAUAUGCUUAAUUGUGAAUAGCAAAGUUUGACAUAUCCAAUCUCAACAUCAGUUUUAUGUAUGUAAUCCAAUUUUCGUCUUUUUUUUUCCCUUCACUCUCUAAUGAAUAACUUGGGUUUCGCCAUCACAACCCUCACAAUCGC